AACCAUUUAUUAUUAUUUUUUUUACAUAAACUUCUGAAACUAUUGUGUCGUCUUUUUUAAAAGAAAUGAAUUACAAUAAAAUUAAACAAAAAAUAAAAACAUAUUUUUAAUAAGAGAAAAUCUAUGAACAAUUUGUUAUAUUUUAAACAAAUCAUCCGGACAAUGUCGAAGAACAAAAGUAAAAAAUCGCCUGUGGUUCUACCUCCCGGUACAAAAACAGUGACCAACAACGAUCCCAUUCAAAUGGAUAAAGCUGGAAAUAUUUGCAUUAAGAUUCUAGCUAAACCUGGAGCCAAACAAAAUAAUAUCACAGAUAUAACAGAUGAAGGAGUUGGUGUUCAAAUAGCUGCACCACCUUCGGAAGGAGAAGCAAAUGCAGAAUUGGUAAAAUACUUGUCCAAAGUUCUUAGUCUACGUAAAAGCGAUGUAAGUUUGGACAAAGGAUCACGUUCUAGAAAUAAAAUUAUUCAAAUCAGUAAAGGAGUGACGACACCGGAAGCUAUAGUAGAACUUUUAAAAAAAGAAUCUCAAGCGUAGUAUAGUGUGUCUGAGAAAUGAGACUUGUAAGCUUGUAACCUACUUAUCUGCAUUUUUGUAUACACAUUUCUUUGGGAUAUUUUUAUUUGUAUUUAUGUCAAUAUAUAUAAUAAAUAUAAGAAACUAAA